AGCGACGGCAUUUUCGCGAGAUGGCCAUGGGAAGUAGUCUUCGUGUGGUCGAUGGAAGGAAGAAGGCGCCGCAUGUGUGUGUGUACGACCCAUACCUCAUGGAGUACUUGAAAAACAGCGGCGACAUGGAGUACCUGCGUCGGCUUGUCCCGCAGUUGGAGGGACACUCGACUCCAACGAUUGUAUUUGCAUCGUCCAGGUUUCCGCUCUACAUGAGUUGGGUCUAUAGAGUAACUCGAUUCACGAAUGCCGUCGUAUCGCUCGUCACGGCAAAUGCGUAUAUCUCGACGUUGGGCGGCGGGUAUUUUCUGUGUCGGCAUUUAAACCAAGCAAAACUCAUGGCACAGCUCCAAAUAUGCGUGUCCCAAGGCCUACAGGACCCCAUCUUGACGAGCAAAUGCCGGAUCAACCUUGCGUAUGGAGCCAUGGCACAAGGCAAGUUCAAGCGCGCGCAGCGGAUCAUUACGGACGAGACAAAGCGCGCACAUAUUCUCCGAAGCGAAGAAAUGCACAGCGUUUGCCACGCAGCACAAGUAUACCUGGACAAGACGUGGGAUCUCCACCAGUCCAUUCUCGUGCAUGAGCCCACCGACACGACGAGAGUCGUGGACGAGUACUACCGACAGCGCGUUGUCAGGAAAUCGAGAUAAAAUGGAAUGUGCUUUGAGAUUUGUCA